CCCGUUACUGCUCCGCCCCCUCGGGCCGGCCCGUUAGGGGGCGGGGGCGGCGCCCGGGUUUCGGUGCCGAAGGGGGAGACGGGCAGGAGCCGCCUAAUGAGCCGCGCGCACGCUCAGCCCGCCCGGGGCCAGGGAGGCGCAGGCGAGGCCGCUCCUUCCGUGAGGACCCGCCAUCGCCCCCCUCCGCGUUCUUUUCCCGGCCGGGAGCCCGCGCGCUCACCGUCCUAGCCUCGACACCCCCGCCCGACCUAACGCGGGCACACGGACGGCAGAAAGCGCCCGGUCCAAGUGCAAGGUCACGGACCCCCUAGCGUGGGUCCUCGCAGUCCCAGGCUGCACGCGGGCGUCGCCGCCCCCUCGUCUCUAGCCCGUCACUGCCGGGCUUUAGCACGCGAGGAUGGGAGGGGGGCGGGGCGGGGCAGGUGCCGCGGCCUGGGACCCCCCCUGGCGGAUAGAGAGGGAAACAGGAAGGAGGGCGGCGCUUGUGGGGGAGGGCCGGAGUCGGGGAAGUGAGGUUGGGGCCGGAGCGCCGGCCCCCCCCCCCAUCCCCACCCCCGCGUGACCUGCCGUGCGGGCCGGGGGCCAUGGCACCGCGCAGCGGGGACGCCUGGGCCCGGGCACUGGCUGCGCUGCGGGCCAGUCCGGCCGCCUUCGUGGCCCGGGUCGGGGCCGAGGCCCUGGCGGCCGAGCUGCUGAGCGAGCUGCGCAGCGAGAGGCUGAGCGAGGCGGCCAAGGUCUCUCUGCUGGCUGCGAUCUUGGAGUUCCCCACGCAUCUGUGGCCUGACCCUGCGGGGGCCGAGGCCGCGGCCUCCACGCUCCUGGACAUUCUGGCCCUCCUGCCCCCGAGGCCCGGGCCCCUCCGCCGGCCGCUGCUGCUGGCCGCCACUAGCGUCCUGGCGGCCUGCGGGGCCCUGGGUCCCAGCUCGGCCGCCUCGGCCCGCCUGCUGCCCCUGCUGUUGCUGGUGGCGGGGGGCCGGGCUGGGGGCCCUGAGCAGCGAGCCCUCCAGGCCACUGCCUGCGAGUGCCUGCGGGAGUUGGAGAGCUGCUGCCCGGGGCUGCUGGCCGGACAGCUGGGGCUGCUGCGGACACUGCAGGACGCCCCGGGCACCCAGGCCCACCGCCUGCUCUUUGUGCUGGCCCUGCGCAACGCCCUGGCGGCCAUAGCCCGGGCGGGCCCCGGGGCUCAGGCCGGCCUGCAAGGACUGUUGGCUGCCAGGAGUGACUGGGGAGAAGGCCAGGCCUGGGACUGGGGCCUGGAGGCCCCCCUGGGCCAGCGGCCCGGCCCGUGGGACUGGAGCCUGGUGGGAGAGGAUGUCUGGGACUGGGCGACACCCCCGAGCCAGGGAGCCGACUGGCCUCCCGCCCUGGAUCUCGGCCCGCCCGAGGCCCGGGAGCUGCGGGCCGUCGUGUCCCAGCUGCUGGACGCCUCCUACCUGCUGACCCCGCCGGCCCAGGCCCGCACGCUGCAGCAGCUGAGCCAGGUGCUGAGGGCCGUCCGGGGCCAGCCCCCGGCCCUGCUGAAGCCGCAGCUGGUGCGGCUGCUGGGCACGGCGCGGGUGUCCCUGCUGCACGCGGUGCUGGCCUUGAAGGACGCCUUCGGGGAGGCCCUCUUCACGGCCCAGGACGAGGCUCUGCUGCUUCGCAGGCUGGUGGGGGCCGCCCAGCACCCGGCCCUGCCGCCCCCUGCCCGCCUUUUCUACCUGCACUGCCUCCUGCACUUCCCUGAGAACUGGCCCUUGGGGGCCGCCGGGGAGGAGGCCGCCCCGGUUCUGCUCACCCCCGGCCUGGCCGCGGGCCUUCUGCCCAGUCUGCUGCAGGAGCCCCCGGACCUCCUGGCGCGGCUGCAUCUUCUGUGUCUCCUGUGCGGGGAGGAGCUCGGUGCCGACGGCCCCCGGGACUGCCCGGGCACCGGGGCCCAGGCCCUGGCUUACCUCCAGGAGCUGCUGGCCGGCCUGAGGCAGGGGGCGGCCCAGCCAGGCGCCCCCCGGACGGCAGCCACCCUCUGCUUCCGGGCUUGCUACCUGGCCGCUCGCUGCCUGGCCGGCCACCCGGGGGCCCUGGCUCGGCUCACGGAGGGCCUUGCCAAGCUCUACCUCGCCCGGCCCUGCCUGGCCCCCCAUUUUGUUGACCUUCUGGAGCAGGCGGGAGCUGCGCUGGCGGAGCCGCUGGGGAAAGCCCUGCAGCAGGUGGCAGUGGCCGGGGCUGGGGGGACCCAAGCCCUCCGCUGGCACCUGCAGAUCCUCACCAAGGUGGCGGGGGACCAGCCCAUGGGCCCCACCUUGGACUUCCUGUGGGCAGCCCUCAGACAGCCUGGGGACUGGGCCUGGGAGCAGGCCCUUCUGGGGGCCUGCCGGGCCCUCCUCAGGGGAAGGGGACCGAGUGGGGCCGUCCCCGGGGACCUGGCCAACCUGCUGCAGGAGCUGGCCCGGGGCCUGCAGGACCCGGACAGCCGGGACCGGGCCCGCCUCUAUUACAGCCUCUUUACCCACCUGUCGGGGCCCAAGCUGGGCUCGGCCCUGGGCCCGGCGCGCUCCACGCCCAUGCUGUGCUCGUCCCUGGUGGAGGAGAACGAGGGCUUCGCCUCGGCUCUCACCGUCCAGGAGGCCCGGGCCCCCCUGCAGCUGAGGCGGGUGCCCCAGAGGGCCCAGCAGGCCCCCGUGCUCCUGGGCCUCACAGUGGAGGCCUCCGAGGUCCUCUACUCGUUGGAGCUGCGCUUCCGUGUCCUGGGCCCACACUACGGGCCUCUGGAGGCCGUGCGGGUCCCCUGCCUCCGCCCUGGAGCUCCCCCCAAGCUGCUGCUGCUGGCCCUGGAGCCCCGGCGCCCCUACCCGGCCCUCCUGGACAUCAGUGUUCUCUACGCCACCCCCGGCGGCCUCACCUGCUACGCCCAGCUGCCCAGCCUGCCCGUGGCCUUCGCGGACCUCUUCCUGCCUUUGCUGCCGCCCUCCCCAGAGCGGAGCCUCCCCGGUGCCUUCCAGGAGCUCUGGGCUUCCUGCCUGCCCGAGGGGGUGGAGAGUUGCAUGUGGGGCCCUUGGGGGGGGCGGGCACUGGAAGCUCUGGUGGCCAAGCACUGGGAGCCCUUCGUGGUGUCGGCCACGCCCCCCACCAGGUACCAGGUGGCCAUCCGGCUGCCCCCCAGCUCUCAGCUGUUGCUGCAAGUGGAGGCCGCUGGGGAGGAGGGGGCCAGGGUGGCCCUGAGGACGGAUGACUGGGCCAUAUUGCCUCUGGCUGGGGAAUAUCUCCGGGGCUUGGGGGCUGCCGCCUGAGCGGGGAGGGGGCCGGGAUCCUGGUUUGGGGAGAGCGCGACAGAUUCUCCGGACAAGGCAAGGGGACGAGGGCCUUGCCACUCAUUCCCCUUCAUAAAAGCUGGUUUCUUGGUGAAAA